AUGGAGAGCUUGUCAGGUCUCGGUACCAAAGGUCCUAGAAGGGGUUCCCAGCGCAGAACCCUGCUUAUACUCGGCAUCACUAUCCUCAUCUCAGUCUGGACCUUCCUUGUAACCAUCCGCGUCCGAUUCCAAAUUGAUUCCAGUACCCCUCCCAAGAAUACCAAGAAUGAACAUCGUACAAGCCAUGACACGACAAAGUCAAAACUGCGACAGUCAUCAUCCUCACCACCAGCACUUGAAGCUGUCCUCGAACCCGCCACCUAUUUGCUUGACCCCAACACAAAAUACCUCUCCUAUCUGCCCUAUGCUGGCCUCACCAACCAGUUUAUCGCCCUCGAGGCCGCCCUCGAGGCCGCAGUGCUGCUCAAUCGAACCAUCAUCAUCCCCCCGAUCAUCUCCAACUCCCAUGACCACGACAACACCCACCAGCGCUGGUCCCACUUCUUGGACCUGCCCCGGUUUACAGAGAUAACGGGCGUCCCCGUCCUCGAAUGGGACACGGUCCGGCCGCUGAACUAUCUGCAGCUCCAGGUCGGCAAAGAUCAAGCCCUUCUGGGCCUCACUCGAGGCAAAGGCGCUGAGACGGACCAAUGGAGGAGCAUAGCCGAGAAUGUGACCUGUCAGAUCGUUCGAGGAUACGGCGACCCAAAUGUGGGCAUCAAUGUCUCGGCCAAGAAUUUCGCUUGGCAUUUCUUGUUCCGAGUAACGUUUGUGCACCCACCGCCUUGUAAGGCAAAGACGCCUGUGUAUGGCAGGACUAAGGUUGCAGUGGAUAAAGGCUAUGAGGAUGAUCUGGUGAUCAUGGACGACCUGGUCGCAAGAUAUCUAAACUAUGAUGACGAGGCUGCGGGACACGGACAGGGCCCCGAUGAGAAGCUGAAGCUUUUGUUUCUGAGCCAUACGUUUGGGAUCAAGGAUCCAGGGCAUGGCGACCGGUUCUGGCGCGAGAUUGGGAGGAACCUUUAUUUUGUGCCACAGCUGAUGGAAUAUGCGACCAGGCGCGUCAAGGAGGAGAUGAUGGGCGAUAAAGCAUUCGAGGAGCAAACCCAAGAGGACGGAGGGGUCAUCGAUAGCACAAAUAUCAAGGCGCGCAUGAGCAGGAUCCCCUAUAUUGCCGUGCACCUGAGACGAGGAGACAUUGGCAAUAAAUGCCCAGAAAGAGACAUGGCUACCUGCCUCAUCCCCUUUGAGCGGUACGCCCAAGCUGUGGACCGUGCUCGGGUCAUAGUUGCGACCACCGGUGUGACUUCGCGCGUGCCCGUGAUCGUGACCACGGAUUCCGAAUCUGAGGACGAUUUCCGACAGAUUAGGGAGCUAGGUUGGCAUCGACUCGAUCAUGAAAAGUACAAGACUACCGAGACUUUGGGAGCCUUUGCACCUGCGAUGGUCGACGCUGUGAUCUUAGCACAGGCGGAUGUGCUUAUCGGGAGUGGAAAAUCGACUAUGACUUGGAUUGCGGCUGCGAGACAGAGGACUUGGUAUCAGCGCGAGACGCUCUAUCCGGCGGAGAAGCCUUAG